UGCUAAGGUGGGAGUUUCUCUUGUUUCUUGGCGUUAAAGAAAAAUCAGCAGCAUCUCUAUCACCGCCAGACCUCAGCGAUAAGGGAGUUUUAUAAGAUAUGGUCCAGUGCUGAUGGCUCAGUCUGAGCUGUUCGUGACGAGAGCUUCCCCUGUGGAGGCGAGGCCCGUGGAGCUGGAUGUUCUGGGGUUCCUGCAGCGUUUUGGGGAUGAAAACAGCACAGCUGAGAGAUGCUACCGCUCGCACUCCCACAGCAGUGUCCUCCAGGGUCUGCCAUUUGGUGGGGUUCCCACGGUCCUCGCCAUCAAUGUCGUAAUCUGGAUGUUUUUACUGCUCAUCUUCUCAUGUCUGAGGAAAGCUGCUUGGGACUACGGCCGCCUGGCUCUGCUGAUGGAGAAUGACAGUCUCACAUCCCUGUUUUAUGGAGAACCAAGUGAGAAAGAGAAGUCGCCUUCAGAAUCCAGUCCUUCUGACUCUGAGACCAAGGACAUGGGCUUCUGCUCAUGGCUGUCAUCUCUUUACCAUAUGAAGGAUGAGGAGAUCCGAAGUAAAUGUGGCAUUGAUGCCGUGACAUAUUUGUCCUUCCAGCGCCACAUCAUCCUGCUCAUGACAGUGGUUACCCUGCUGUCCUUGGCUGUAAUCCUGCCGGUCAACAUUUCCGGGAACCUCCUGGGAGACAGUCCCGAAAACUUUGGAAGAACAACCCUGGCGAAUGUUAGUGCAAAGGACAGCUUUCUGUGGCUGCACAGCGUCUUGGCUCUGGUUUACUUCAUUAUCACGUUGCUGUGUAUGGCUCACCAUUCGCUACAGCUGGAAUACAGAGAAGAUGAGAAGGUGGCUCGGACACUGAUGAUUACCUCCAUACCCAAGGAGAUCUCUGACCCAGGACUCAUCACCAAACAUUUCCAUGAGGCCUACCCAAGCUGCACUGUCACUGACAUCCGGUUCUGCUUUGACGUCCACAAGCUAAUGAGGCUGGACUUGGAGAGGCGCAAGGCAAUGAAAGGCAGGCUGUAUUUUGCCACAAAGGCCCAGAAGGAAGGAAAACUCAUGAUCAAGACUCAUCCGUGUGCUCAGAUCUUCUGCUGUGACAUAUGCGGCUUUGAAAAGGUGGAUGCAGAGCAAUACUACAGUGAAUUAGAAGAGAAGCGGACAGAUGAGUUUAAUGCUGAGAAGAACCGCAUCUCCAUGAAGAGGUUGGGCAUCGCCUUUGUGACCUUUCGCGAUGAGCGGAUGACUGCUGUCAUUGUGAAGGACUACGGUCGCGUGAACUGUCGUCGCAGGCCCCAGCAGUCCAGCAUCAGCACCGUGGUGCAGUCGCACAAAUGGGACGUCAGCUACGCACCUGCUCCAAGUGAUAUUAUAUGGGAAAACCUGUCAGUGUGUGGAUCUCGGUGGUGGCUCCGCUGCGUCCUCCUCAACAUCCUCCUCUUCCUGCUGCUCUUCUUCUUCACCACUCCUGCCAUCAUCGUCAACACCAUGGACAAGUUCAACGUCACAAGGCCCAUGGAGAGUCUGAGGAGCCCAGUCGUUACCGAGUUCUUCCCGACCCUUCUGCUGUGGGCGUUUUCAGUGCUCCUGCCCUUUAUCGUCUACUACUCCGCCUUCUUUGAGUCCCACUGGACCAGAUCUGGUGAGAAUCAAGUGACGAUGCACAAGUGUUUUUUCUUGCUGGUCUUCAUGGUCAUCAUCCUGCCUUCACUUGGUCUGUCCAGCCUUGACCUCUUGUUCACCUGGCUCUUUGAUGUCAACUUCCUGGAAGAGAAGGAUUUAAAAUUUCAGUGUGUGUUUCUUCCUGACAAUGGCGCAUUUUUUGUAAACUACGUAAUUACAUCCAGUUUGAUUGGCACGGCUAUGGAAUUGCUACGUAUCCCUGCACUGACGGUGUACGCACUGCGCCUCUGCUUUGCAAAAUCCCAAGCUGAGCGGAUUCAUGUCAAACGGAGUCAAGCUUAUGAGUUCCAGUUUGGCCUUGAGUACGCCUGGACCAUGUGUAUCUUUGCUGUCAGUAUGACCUACAGCAUCACGUGUCCCAUCAUUACACCCUUUGGUCUGCUCUAUGCGAUCCUGAAGCACAUGGUCGAUCGAUACAACAUCUACUAUGCUUAUGUUCCCACCAAACUCAACCAGCGAAUCCACAGAGCAGCCAUUAGCCAGGUCAUCGUAGCUCCCAUUCUCUGCAUGUUCUGGUUGCUCUUCUUCUCCGUGCUCCGAUUAGGUCCAAUGCAUCCGAUCACCCUCUUCACUUUAGUGUCCCACAUCUUCUGCAUUGUCUGUUACCUCUUCCGCUUGUGCCUUAGGAAGCAACCAGACAAGUCAACAAGCUACCAGAUGUCUGAUCAGCCAGACGGGACGCUCACUGAUGCAGACAGGAGUACCGUAACAUCCACCACCGCCUCCAGUCUUUUUGUGGCAUCUGUGUUGCUGGAGCCAGAGCUGGCUUUGACUCCGAUGCCCUCCCCAGCCCACCACAGCUAUGGCGCCAUGGCCAGCUCUCAGAGUUCAAACCGUGGGCCAGUGGGGGAAGAAGAAGGAGAGGGGGAACACACCCAGACCCGUGAGACAGAGCUCCAAGACCCACCAGACCUCUAUUGCUCCACCACGCUCAUGGACAGCUCCAUGGCCUACCAGUAACACCAAAUCUCCGCCCAAAACUGACUUCUGCGUGUCCUUCAGCUGAAGAACACAGAUUACUAAAUGCCGCAAUGCUGCGUUUUCACCACUGACCUCAGACUCCAACUACGCUGCUGCCUCGGACUCUGAGACUAGACUGUGCUUGCUAGAAAGGCUGAAGAACCUGAAGAGUAACGGAGCCUGAGAAUACAGGAGCUAAAUGCUCGUAAACAUCACAGUUGCAGAAGAAAGCCAUUUGCCUAAACAAUCUGCCGAACCCAUCAGACACAGCUCAACAGAACAUAACAUCAAGCUAAAUGUACAGAUUCUUUUAGCUAAAUGAUCAGAUGCUGAUACGGACUCUGUCUUCUUCUAUGGCUUAUUUGCAAAUUAAAAAGGUUACAAGUAAUGCAGACUGGAAUAGAAAUGCAUUAUGGUUUCAGUCAGAGAUACUCUAUCCAUGCUGUGCCGCUUGGAAAUGAGUGGAGGCGAAAGCGCCCAUCAGAGUGGGUGGUGUGAGCAGGCUUGCCCCGACAGACUGACAGAGGGGUUUGGGCAUAGGUGAUAUCUGGUUCCUCUGUAGCAGAGCUCGGCAAGGCUGAGGGUGAGGGCAGCUAGUUGUGAAGCCAUCUGCAGUGAGAGAGCAGACAGACGGACGGAGGGCCAAAUGUAACUCAGAGAUGUACUGUAAUAUAUGUACGCUCUAAACGGAGGCGCAAGCAGCUUGACUCAACCUGAAGCUUGUUGUAACUAUUAUCAAUAUAAGGUUGAUAUUUUUGCUACAGUAUUUUUGGUGUCAUUGAUAUUGUGCUUUGGGUUGGGGGCGGGAGGAAUCGAGGAUGUACAAUGAUUUGCAGAGAUGUCUCAUCUUAAUCAAAACCUUACCUAAUUAUGUUUCGACUGUACAUAUGGUCAAAGUGGAAUAGCUUGAGCUUUUUGGAAAUCUGCUAUCGCUUUUCUUGCUCACGGUUUGGUAAGAAAAUAAAGCCUGUAGCUUGUUAGCUUAGCUUAGCACAGGUUGGAGCUAAUGACCACUGAUUGUGCACUAAUUUUCUGGUAGGCGUAGCGAGAUACUCUGAGGGCAUUAUAUAGGGUAUAGUUUGGAAAGUACUUUUAAACGUCAAACUUACUUUACUGUUAGCAUUGUUAAGUCUUUGUGUAACGUUACUGAAACUUGGGGGCUUGAAACAUGGAGAAAGGGCUAGCCUACAGGCAGAACCAGUAACUUUGUGGGGUGUUGAUGCCAAGAAUCUUGUCUUCACUUGUAGACACACACAGGCACCCUGGUAAGUAGUUAUUUCUAUAAUACUUUUUUUCAAGUCCACCUAAAGAAUGCAUGUGCAGUAGGUGCACUGUAGAGUAGCGUCUGGAUUAGUCUACACAGAAAAUUGGCAGGCACUUGGUUUUCUUUACAAAACCUGUAGUUUACCUUCUGAAAUUUAGAUCUCUUGGCCCCAGGGAGACAUUUGUAUACACUUGUUAGGUACAGAGUCAUGGUAAAAACAAACUAAAUGUCUUUCAGUUCUGAGGUUUUAUUUAUCAGGACAUAAUAAAAAAGUUAUGUCUUUGCAAGGUAACAAAAUUGGAUAAAUACAACCUAGAAUCUAAGCCAAAAUGUAGAAGCAGUCCUCUGGAAAACUAAAUCCAUGUCAUGAUUCAGUAGCUUGUAGAACUACAUUUAGCAGCAAUAUCUUGAAGUCAUUCUUUUCUGUGCGAUGGCAUCAGUCUCUCAUAUUAUUCUGGAGAAAUAAUAGCUCACUCUUCUUUACAGAGUUGUUUCAGUUUAUUGAGGUAUUCAUUUACGCACAGCAUUUCAUUCAGGUUGAGGUCUGGUCUUUGACUGGGCCAACACUGAUUGCUUUCUUUUUCAGCCAUUCUGUUGUAGAUUUGUUGCUUUGUAUUGCAUCAUUGGCCUAUUGCGCAAACCAUUUUUGGUCGAGCUUUAGCUGUCGACCAGAUGGCCUCAUAUGUGACUCUAACAUACCCAGAUCCCUUUAGCUGCAAAGCAAACCAAAUCCUCAUCCCUCCAUUACGAUUAGUUGAGGUGGCUGGUUUUCACUGUGGAUUGAGGCCAGACAUCUCCACUUUAGUCUCAUCUGUUCAAAGGACAUCGUUCCAGGGGUCUCACAGUUUGUUCAGAAGCAAUGUGGCAAAUCUAAGCUGUGCUGCCAUGUUCUUGUUAGAAACAAGAGACUUUCUCCUGGCAACACUUCCCAAACACUACUUGGUCACUCUGAGAUGUAGCUCUUGCGUUUUUUGCAGUUUCUCUGAUUGAAUGGUCUGACCUUGGGUUGAAUUUGCUGUGAUGUCCAUUUCUGGGAAGAUUGGCAACUGUCUUAAAUGUUUUCCACUUCUCACUGUAGAAUAAUGGACUUUAAAUUACUUGGAAAUGAACUUCUAACGUUUCCCAGAUUGUCGGGCAGCAAUAGUUCUUUCUCGAAAGUCAUUGCUGAUGCCUUUCCUCCUUGGCAUUGCAUUAGCACACAUCUGAAUGCUCCAGACCAGCAAACUGUCAAAAUCUCUGCUUUUACCGAGUUGGUCAGACUUACUGACGAUCAGUUAAUCAAGUGCAUUUGAUUAGCAAGACCUGGCUGCUACUUUCUCUUUUAAUUCCUAAGGAAGCAGUAAGGGUGUACUUUCUUACACUGCUUCUGCAUUUUGGCUUUGCUUAUGUUAAUCAGUAACGAUUGAGUGUAAUAUGCCAUGUGUUGUAGAUCAUUUAAGGUUGUAUUUACCUCAUUUUUACCAUGACCGUAUAACAUUGUGCAUAGCUAGCAGUCUGUUAGUUUAGCCCAUAACAAAAUUACAAUAUCUUUGGCUUAGCAUACAGACCUGAAAGGAGGGGAAACAGCUAGUUUCUGGUUUUAAACCAGUCCAGAAACUAGCAGAGACUUUGCUUUAUGGUGUGUUGCUGCUAAGUUAAGCUAACUUGCUAUGGUACUAAUAUAUACAUCAAAGUGCAGGCAAGAAAGUGUUUUGUAAAAUGUGAAGCUGUUCCUUUAAGUUGUGAAGAAAUGGAGUAUAAUAGAAGCGCAUCCUAAAAUUACAUCAUUUUCCAAAUAUGCCAUGGAGUCUAUUUUGUGCCACUGCAGGAGAACAACAUGGAAAUCUCCAGAAGAAGUUAUUCGGUUUUGCUAAGUUUGCUAAACUCAAAAGCUUUUAUAAAAUUUUCCAGUUUUUUUGGUGUUGGUCAAAUAGUUCACUGCUGAAAUUAGGUUUUGUUAUGUUGCAAAGACAAACAGUAAAAUAAAGCACUAUCAUGCUGUUUUCAGUUGACUUAUGCUGUGUAACACGUCACUGCAUGUUAAUUAUAUAUCGUCUAAAUGAGGUAUGCAUUUCAUAUGUGCUAAACUUCAUGUUUUUUGUGUCAAUCUGUUGGUUUUUUUUGUUCUUUUUGUUUUUCUUUUAAAUCCUCUUUACAGCGGGUAAAAGAUUUUCUCAUGUGACUGAAUGUUAAUUUCUUACUCAUGUCUUUUGCUGUGCCUUGGGGGGAAAAAAAAAAACGCCCUUAUUGUGUGACAAUCCAGCAUGGCCUGAAAUAUGCUGCAUGGACUAAACAACCAAGAGAUAAAAAUCGUAACAAACCCAAAACUCAAUUUUUUUUAACAGCCAAUGCGUCCUUCAUUCAGAAUAAAACAAACAUACAAUGUGAGCUUAUUCUACUAAGAUAUUAACAGUCAAUCUGCACACGAGGCCCUCUACCUUUAUCUUUAUCUAGAGCUUUUGAAUAUAUCACACGAUCUUCAUCAGCAUAUUAACUGGCUCAGCUGUCAUCCAUUCAUUCAAAGCUUACACCAUCCUGCGUACUCGUAGGACAGGAAGUCCUAAAGAUGAACAGAUCACUGACCACUGCGCAAACCUCAUCUGUUCUUGAAGACCAAGUGAUGGGAUCAAAAGCUGUAGAAUAAGAAAGCAAAUGAAUGUCAUAAAAAUGGUUGAUUGCGAGGUUAAGAAUGAGCGCGUGGCUUGUAGUUGUAUCAAUAAUUUGUAUUGUGUACUUGUUUGUGCCUUGUCACUGAUUUCAAUCAAGACCUUUUUAUUCCUCGGUUACCUUAUUUUUGGAUCAUACAAUAUGUAUGACGGGGUUCUCUAAAUGUUUAUUUGUCUUUGAUUAACAGUGACUGCUAUGGGUUAGGUAGCUCCUUGUUGUUAAGUAGAGUAAGUUAUAAUCGGUUUUCUGUUCUGUCUGAGAGAGUGUAUCAUGAUAUACUUAUAGUCAUGCUUUAUAUAAGAUUAAUGGCACGUUUUUUCAUAAAAUGACAUGUAUUUUGCUCGUUUUACAGGGAAUCUAAUUGUAGUAGCUUAUGCUGUAUAAAGUAGAUGAAAGCUAGCAGCAGAGCGCAGAUGAAGUGGCCACUGCAGAGGAUCGUGAAGUUUAAAAAAAACAGAACAUCAAAGAGCAUCUCAAAAUUUCUGUCUCCAAACUGCAAACAUGUCCCAUGGCUUUCUCUUCCAGAAGCUUGUUUCACAGAUCAUUAAAUGCGCUUUCCUUUGAAAAAUACAAAAUAAAAACUAAUAGGGUAUUCUUAGCUCUAAUGGCCAUGCGAAGAGGGAUUGUCCGUUCCCAUGCUUUACUAGUUUUAUUGCAUCCGGACAUGUCUGUUCAUAUGCAGUCAGCUUGGCCAACCGAGGUCUAUUGGGUUUCCAGACGUGCCCGAUGCUUUUUGCUCUUCGUUUAUAAAAUAUGUGUAUCAUAAGUACAUUAUUUCAGAUUUUAUUCUGCUGUAAAAGUGGGCUGUUAUUAUCUCCAAGAAGUCUGAGGUUUAGGGACAGACUGUGUUUAAGAUUGAUCUCUGUCAGGCUAAUGAGUUUUCAUCUGUUAUAAGUGAAGUGCUGUGAUCUGAGAUUAAAAUUAA